CACGCGCUGACAGGUGUUCUCUCAAGGACUCAUGGUACUCACGCUCAUACGUGCCUUACAGGACUGGCGAAUAAACUCAGGCCAUCUGUAUGUUGUCCUGGUGAAGCACAACAUAUCAUAUUAUGCAUUCAGUUUUCUAUUGUCAGCAACGAACAUUUUCACAUCGAUGUUCUUCCUGUACUCCUACCAGAUCAUUUUGCAUGAUUUCCAGUUCGUGAUGCUUCCAAUCCUUGCCACCCGCAUGCACCUCCAUCUCUGGCAGGUGAACCAACAUGCGCACGACUCUGGCACCCUCGUGAGCAUCCCAAUGUCCGAUAUGUCAUUUGCAGAUUUCACGGCAUGAUGUCUUAUCACGUGGCUUAUUUGGUGUCGGUUCAAGCUCAAUUUCAUCCUGUAUUGGCCAACCGCACGGUGCUUAUGAAACAGAUAUUGACGAUGACGCAGCUCUGGCUUUGCCAAGUAUAUCUCGUAUGGCUCUUUCCGACUCCAAUGAACU